AUGGCCUCUCGCGCUGCCGCCGCCGCCGCCGCCGGGAGCAGACGCCGCAGCAGCGAGGCCGGGACCCGGAGCCUGGCGCGCAGGGCUGGGGGGGCGGGCCGAGGGGGCGGGGCCUGGCCGGGCCACCUGACGCCGCCGCCGCCCGCGGUCCGCCGCCGCCUGGAAGCCCGCUCCGCUGCGCGACCGGGUGCGGGCAGGCGGGAGCGGGAAGGCAACCUGUCAGGGGAGGAGGAGUUUUAUCUGCUCAAGAACAUCUCAGUGGGGCCGUGCUGGGCCUUCCGCCUCCAGGCAGCCUUCGUGGGUUUUGUCUUCAUUGCAGGAAUGCCACUCAAUGCCACGCUGCACUACAGAAAGUUGCGGCAGCCACUCAACUACAUUCUGGUCAACGUGUCCCGGGGGGGUUCCUCUUCUGCGUCUUCUGGCUUCACUGUCUUCAUGGCCAGCUAUCAGGGAUGCAUUUUUGGCCGCUGUGUCUGUGCUUUGGGAGACUUCCUGGGCUCCACCGCUGGUCUGGUGAAAGGCUGGUCCCUGGCUUUCCUGGCCUUUGAGCUUUACACUGUCAUCUGUAAACCCUUCGGCAGCUUCCGCUUCAGCUCCAAGCACGCACGGAUGGUGGUCCUGGCCGCCUGGACCAUUGGUAUCGGCGUCUCCAUCCCACCCUUCUCUGGCUAGAGCCGGUUUGCCCCUGAGGGCCUGCAGUGUUCCGGUGGCCCCGAUUGGUACACCAUGAGCACCAAAUAUGGCAGCGAGGACUGUACCUGGUUCCUCUUCAUCUUCUGCGUCACUGCGCCCUCCCUCCUCUGCUGCUCCUACUGUCAGCUACUGGGGACCCUCAGAGCUGUGAGUUGCCGCCGAGCAGCAGCAGUAACUUUGACCCAGAAGGCUGAGCAGGUGAGCCACAUGGGGGUGGGGACAGUGGGAUCCUUUUGUCUCUGGUAUGUGCCCUAUGCUGCCCUGACCAUGUCUAUGGUCAAUAGCCAUCCCCACGGGCUGGACUUACGGCUUGUCACCAUUCCUGUCUUCUCCAAGAGUGCUUGCGUCUACAAUGCCAUCAUCUACUGCUUCAUGAACAAGCAGUUCCCAGCUUGCAUCACAGAGAUGGCGUGUGGGGAGUUCAUGACCGAUGAGCCUGACAUGUCCAGCUCCCAGAAAACAGAAGUUUCUACUCUCUCUUCGAGCCAGUUUUGGCCGAUUUGCAGCAACUAG